GGGAAAUGUAGACUGAAAACAACGGUAUUCGACAGAGAACGGAGCUUAGGGCUCGCAGACUAGACUCGGUCUUUGUCGGACUUUGUGAUGGACAAUGAGGCUGAUGUCUUUUAUCGGGAGCUGCCGAAAGUGGAGCUUCACGCUCACCUCAACGGCUCCGUCAGCUUCCAAACCAUCGAGAAACUCUUCAGGCAGAAACCGCAUCUCAACAUCGAGCACAGCAUGACCGCCAUCGCCAAAGGCCAGCGGAGGACACUGGAUGAGUGUUUUCAGGUCUUCAAAGUCAUCCAUCAGCUGGUGGACACGGAGGAGGAUAUCCUGAUGGUGGCUACAGAUGUUAUCAAGGAGUUUGCAGCAGAUGGAGUCAAAUACUUAGAACUGAGAAGUACACCAAGGGAGGAGAAAAACACAGGAUUGACAAAAAGGAGAUACGUUGAAACUGUCCUCAAAGCCAUCCAACAGUGUAAAAACGAGGGAGUGGACAUUGAUGUCAGGUUUCUGGUGGCGAUCGAUCGUAGGAAUGGGACUGAAGUUGCCAUGGAGACGGUGAAGCUGGCUGAGGAGUUCAUGCUGUCCUCUGAUGGUCUGGUGGUGGGACUCGACCUCAGUGGAGACCCGAUGGUUGGCCAUGGCAAAGACUUACUUCCUGCUCUACAGAAGGCCAAGAACUGUGGGCUGAAGUUGUCACUGCACCUCUCAGAAGUACCGUCACAGCUGGAGGAGUCAGACUUGCUGCUGGAUCUCCCUCCAGACAGGAUCGGUCACGGCACAUUCUUGCAUCCUGAAGUCGGUGGAUCUGAAAGUCUUGUUGACAAAGUGGUGAAGAACAACAUACCGCUGGAGUUAUGUCUGACAUCAAAUGUCAAAGGACAAACUGUACCGUGCUACUCCAAACAUCAUUUCAAGUACUGGUACCAGUUGGGACAUCCAAGUGUGAUUUGUACUGACGAUAAGGGAGUCUUCUGUACAGACUUGUCUCAGGAAUAUCAGCUGGCAGCUUCCACCUUCGGUCUCAGUCGUGAAGCCGUGUGGAAGCUCUCCCAGCAGGCCAUAGACUGCAUCUUUGCACCAGACGCCGUGAAGCAGCAGCUCAAACAGAAGUGGACUGAAAUGCAGCCUCAGGUGUUCAAGUGACCCGUUCAGUGGAACCUAAAGCCAAUCACAUACCUCCCGUUUCACUUUUUAAAAACCUUUCCAUUAACGUUUUACAAGUCUUUGUAGAAAUCAUGACAUCAACUAAAAGGGAACUCUAAGAGCACUGUAAAAAUGUUUGAAAUACUUCAAAGUAAAUGACAUUUAAUUAGUACAAGAGUAAGUGUGGUAUUUUCUGCUGAUAUACAGUGUGAAAAUGAAUGAAAGCAACAUACUUGUUAUGACAUAAUGUAGAAAUGUUGGUGUAUCUGGGGAGCAGAAUUCAGAAAAUUGUCAAGGAUUUAAAAAAACAACAACUCAACAGAUAUCCAGUCCUGCGUGAGGUCUUCACUAUCUGUAUGUCCGUCCAAGAUAUCCAAAGUUCUCCAGAUCACAGAUGUUGAUGCUGCUGUGCCCACGCACUGUCCUUCCUGUCAACGCAGCUCCGUUUACUGUCACAUCUUCUUUCCAAAUUUGCCACGCUUUUCCUUGUUCUUCUUGAAUUUGCCCUGUUGCAUCUCCUUCUUUUUUAGUUUCCCCUGCUGCGGAGCCCCGUUGCUGGCUAUGGCGUUUCCCCCGUCUAUCUUCCUCUUCUUGUUACUGUUGGGAGAAGACAUCGUUACCAACAUGUUUCUACAACAACCGAACACUACAGCCAAAGAUCCUGGGUGUCACUGCACCUCUUGAUGCUGACGAGAGCCGUGUUCCCUGCUUUCUUCAACACCUGGUCCCAUUCCUCAUCAUCUCCACGGAUCUUAUAUCUAUAAAAACAAAGGAAAUCAUUACAGUAAAUAUUGCCCAGGCAUUUUUUUAUAUCUAGAACACUACACACAAAUAAUAACCAAUGCUGCUUCCCCCCCAGCCUUAUACUUACUCUUCCAGGUCCAUUUCCUUUACUUUCUCUACAUCCUGCUUGUGUCUCUCCUCAAACUCCUUUGCUGCUUCAUUCUGUUAGAAGCAGAUUCUGUUUUAAACAUUUUUCCUUCAAACACAUCAUAAAAAUGACGAGAUGCAGCUAACUUCUUAUUCAUUAAUGAUUAAUGUGUUGACUUUCCCUGUUAAUUAUGUAAGUCA